AUGUUUCUCUUUUUUUUCUCUCUUUUUUUCUCUCUCUCUCUCUCUCUUUUCUCUCUUUCUCUCUCUCUUUUUUCUCUCUCUCUCUUUCUCUCUCUCUUUUUCUCUCUCUCUUUUUCUCUCUCUCUUUUUCUCUCUCUCUUUUUCUCUCUCUCUUUUUCUCUCUCUCUUUUUCUCUCUCUCUUUUUCUCUCUCUCUUUUUCUCUCUCUUUUUUUCUCUCUCUCUUUUUCUCUCUCUCUUUUUCUCUCUCUUUUUCUCUCUCUCUUUUUCUCUCUCUUUUUUCUCUUUUUCUCUCUUUCUUUCUCUCUUUUUUUCUUCUCUCUUUUUUUUCUUCUCUCUUCUUCUUUCUUCUCUCUUUUUUCUUCUCUUUUUUUCUUCUCUCUCUUUUUUUCUUCUCUCUCUUUUUUUCUUCUCUCUCUUUUUUUCUUCUCUCUCUUUUUUUCUUCUCUCUCUUUUUCUUCUCUCUCUUUUUUUCUUCUCUCUCUUUUUUUCUUCUCUCUUUUUUUUCUUCUUUCUCUUUUUUUUUUUCUUCUCUCUUUUUUUUUUUUCUUCUCUUUUUUCUUCUCUUUCUUUUUCUUCUCUUUCUUCUCUUUUUCUUCUCUUUCUUUUUUUCUUCUCUCUCUUUUUCUUCUCUCUCUUUUUUUUUUUUCUUUCUUCUUUUCUUUUUUUUCUUCUUUUUCUUUUUUCUUCUCUUUUUUCUUUUUUUUCUCUUUUUCUUCUCUUUUUCUUCUCUUUUUUCUUCUCUUUUUUCUCUUUUUUUCUCUUUCUUCUUUUUCUUCUCUUUUUUCUUUUCUUUUUUUAUCUUUUUUUCUCUCUCUUUUUUUUUUCUUCUUUCUCUUUCUUUUUUUUCUUAUUUUUUUUUUUCUUAUCUUUUUUUUUCUUUUUUUCUUCUCUUUUUCUUAUCUUUUUCUUAUCUUUUUUCUUAUCUUUUUUCUUCUCUUUUUUCUUCUCUUUUUUUUUCUCUUUUUUCUUCUCUUUUUUCUUUCUUUUUUCUUUUUUCUUUUUCUUAUCUUUUUUUCUUAUCUUUUUUUCUUAUCUUUUUUUCUUAUCUUUUUUUCUUAUCUUUUUUUCUUAUCUUUUUUUCUUAUCUUUUUUUCUUAUCUUUUUUUCUUAUCUUUUUUUCUUAUCUUUUUUUCUUAUCUUUUUUCUUAUCUUUUUCUUCUUUUUUCAUCUUUUUUUUAUCUUUUUCUUAUCUUUUUUUAUCUUUUUUUUCUUUUUUUUUUCUUUUUUUUUUCUUCUCUUUUUUUUUCUUUUUUUUUUCUUUCUUUUUUUUUUUUUUUUUUUUUUCUUCUUUUUUUUUCUUCUUUCUUUUUUUCUUUCUUUUUUUUUUUCUUUUUUUUUCCUUAUCUUUUUAUAGAGUAACGACAGCAUAUUUGUCACAUCUUGCUGAAUCUCUUGUCUCGUGGCUACUUCCCUCCCUCUCUCUCUCUCUCUCGGUAUUUGUUUGCUCCCAACCGCCUCUUUUCUCUGGGUAUUUGUUUGCUCCCUCCCGCCUCUUUUCACUCGGUAUUUGUUUGCUCCCUCACUCCCGCCCUGUCUCUCUCUGUCAUUUUGCUCCCUCUCUCUGUCAUUUUGCUCCCUCUCUCUGUCAUUUUGCUCCCUCUCUCUGUCAUUUUGCUCCCUCUCUCUGUCAUUUUGCUCCCUCUCUCUGUCAUUUUGCUCCCUCUCUCUGUCAUUUUGCUCCCUCUCUUUUCGCUCUUUCUCUCUCUCUCUCUAUUUUUGUUACCUCUCUCUGCUCGCUCCCUCCCUCGCUUGGUAUAUUUGAAGAACCUCGGUGCUGUUGCUUUCUUACGUCCAUCUUAAUGACACCUUUUAUUAUUUACCUUUUUCUUAACUGCUUUAUUUCUUCACAAUUCCUCACUCGGCCUUUUCCCAAUUCUGCAUCCAUCAUUCCAAUCAAUUCAAUGACUAUUUUGUAUCUUAAUUUGUUUUCCGUUUCUUUGGCUUUGCAUUUGGCUUUUUCACUCUUUUUGUUCCCUUCUCUUGCUCUUUACUUAGGAGAUUCGCUCUCCUCCCCAUCCCCCUCUCUCCCUCCCCAUCCCCCUCUCUCCUCCCCCCUCUCUCUCCUCUCCCCCCCUCUCCUCCCCACCUCUCCUCCCACUCUCUCCUCCCCACCUCUCUCCUCCCCCACCCUCUCCUCCCCACCUCUCUCCUCCCCCCUCUCUCCUCCCACCUCUCUCCCCCCCUCUCUCCUCCCCACCUCUCUCUCCUCCCCACCUCUCUCUCCUCCCCACCUCUCUCCUCCCCCCCACCUCUCCUCCCCACCUCUCCUCCCCUCCCUCCUCCUCCCCACCCUCUCCUCCCAUCCCACCUCUCCCCAUCCCUCCCCCUCCCCACCCCACCCUCUCCCCACCCCACCUCCUCCCCACCCCACCCUCCCCAUCCCACCUCCCCUCCCUCCCCUCCUCCCCUCCUCUCCUCCCUCCCCCUCUCCCCCCCUCCCCCCCCCCCCUCUCCUCAAGCCUUUUAACCGUUGA